GUUAUCAUCAGGCAUGGAGGCUCUCAAUCCCAAAAACCUAAUUGUCAUUGAGAGCCCUAUCAUUUUAUAUAGUACUUUGUGGUAGUAAUAAUAAGCCAAUGACGAUAAUAAUUUCUAUAUAUAAUAAUAUAGCAGAGGUUCCUCUUUCCAUCAAUUUCCUCUUUUUUGGGUCAUAGCAAAAAGCAGCGUCUCUCCUAAGCAGAUUCCUCCUUUUCCGUUUUGCUCAUGUGAGAUUGUGUUGUUUGCUCCUCGUCUCUUAUAAAAGUGCUCACCAGGGUUUUUCUUCCCCUCGUCUCCUCUCUUCUCUUCACUUCCUCGCCGCGCGUACUACAGCGGAAGUCCUUCUUCUUCUCGCCCUCUUCGUGGGGUUGCGUCUUGUGCCCGGACACCGGAGGAAGGGUAAUUUCAUGGCGGAGGAUAGUUUCGCCGCCGCGUCUGCUUCAGUCUCUCCAGAUUUGCCCGUGAAAAGGCUCAGGGACGAAGAGGGUGUUGUAGGGAACAACGUGAACGGUGUCUCUGUUUCCAUGGAGACGGAGGACGGCAAAGGGAUCGAUGGCAUCUCCACUGUGAUUCCCGGGUGGUUCUCUGAGAUUAGCCCCAUGUGGCCUGGUGAGGCCCACUCAUUGAAGGUAGAAAAGAUCUUAUUUCAAGGGAAGUCAGAGUACCAGAAUGUUAUGGUAUUCCAGUCAUCAACAUAUGGGAAGGUUCUUGUUUUGGAUGGUGUGAUUCAGCUCACUGAGAGGGAUGAGUGUGCCUACCAAGAGAUGAUAACUCACCUUCCACUUUGCUCAAUCCCAAACCCUAAAAAGGUUUUGGUUAUCGGUGGCGGAGAUGGUGGUGUCCUGCGUGAAGUUUCUCGCCAUUCUUCUAUUGAGCAGAUAGAUAUUUGUGAAAUCGAUGGGAUGGUUGUUGAUGUUUCUAAACAAUUUUUCCCCGACAUAGCUGUUGGAUUUGAGGAUCCACGCGUAACUCUCCAUAUUGGUGAUGGAGUUGCAUUUUUGAAGGCCGCCCCUGAAGGAACUUAUGAUGCAAUUAUAGUAGACUCUUCUGAUCCGAUAGGUCCUGCUCAAGAACUUUUCGAGAAGCCUUUCUUUCAGUCGGUGGCCACGGCUCUUCGUCCUGGAGGAGUUGUAUGCACCCAGGCAGAAAGCAUAUGGCUUCACAUGCACAUCAUUGAAGACAUUGUUGCAAACUGCCGUCAGAUAUUCAAAGGCUCUGUUAACUAUGCAUGGACGACAGUUCCCACAUACCCAAGUGGGGUUAUUGGUUUCAUGCUUUGCUCUACUGAGGGGCCGGCAGUUGAUUUCAAGCAUCCAGUCAACCCUAUGGAUGCAAAUAACAGUAAUAGCAAAUCAAGGGGACCUUUGAAAUUUUACAAUUCCGAGAUUCAUUCAGCGGCCUUCUGUUUACCAUCUUUUGCCAAGAAGGUGAUUGAAUCUAAAGCAAACUGAGGGAACAUUAAAUUGCUUUUUGAGGAGUUGGAUUUUAGCCGUUGAGGAGUUGCUGGGUUUUCGCCCUCACUGAAACGGUUCAUUCAUCAAUGAGCUGAAGAAUAAGCAGAGGUCUAAAUUGAUGCUCGGAGUUGGGCAAUUAUGCCAUAUAGGAAGAGAGUGGGUAUUACUGAUGAACUUUGAGAUGUCAUAAUUUAUUGUGAUUUCAUCGAUGAAUCAAAUUGGAAGUUUGUUUCCUACAUAAUUAGGCAUUCGCGGGCUCUCUUCAACUUGCUGUAUUACUCUAUUAAUGAUUGCAUAAUUUUUGCCCCCCUUUUGAAUUA